ACCUGUGUUUCCUUCCUUCCACCAGGUUGCAAAAUCAAAGCACUAAGGGCCAAGACGAACACCUACAUCAAGACCCCCGUUCGUGGAGAAGAACCCAUCUUCGUCGUCACCGGGCGGAAAGAGGACGUGGCCAUGGCCAAAAGGGAAAUCCUCUCCGCCGCCGAACACUUCUCCAUGAUCAGAGCCUCCCGCAACAAGAACGGCCCUACCCUGGGGGGUUUGCCCUGUACCCCCAACCUACCGGGCCAGACCACGGUUCAAGUCCGGGUGCCUUACCGCGUUGUUGGGUUGGUGGUGGGCCCCAAAGGAGCUACCAUCAAAAGGAUUCAACAGCAGACCCAUACUUACAUAGUCACUCCCAGCAGGGACAAAGAACCCGUCUUCGAGGUGACGGGGAUGCCGGAGAACGUGGACCGGGCGAGGGAGGAGAUCGAGAUGCACAUAGCCAUGAGGACGGGCAACUACAUCGAGCUCAACGAAGAGAACGAUUUCCACUACAACGGUACGGACGUCAGCUUCGAAGGAGGAGCUCUGGGAUCCUCCUGGUUGGCUUCUAAUCCCGUCCCUCCCAGCCGUACCAGAAUGAUUUCUAAUUAUAGAAAUGACAGCUCCAGCUCCUUGGGAAGUGGCUCCACCGAUUCCUAUUUUGGAAGCAAUAGGUUGGCUGACUUCAGCCCGACGAGUCCCUUCAGCGCGGGCAGCUUCUGGUUUGGAGAAACGUUGCCUUCGGUGGGCACGGAAGACCUCGGGGUCGAUUCUCCGGCGUACGACUCCUUAGCGACCCCUUCCCAAACCAUUUGGACCCCUUUUGAACCUGUAAACCCUCUCUCCGGUUUCGGGAACGAUCCGGUGAAUAACGCCAAGCCUCAACGUCGAGGGAGUCAACCCUCUACCCCUCGUCUCUCUCCCACUUUUCCAGAAAACUUGGAUCACCCUUUGGCCAGGAGAGUCAGGAGCGACCCACCCGGCACCGGUCAUCAAGCCGGUCUUCCCAUCUACAUCCCAGCUUUCUCCAACGGUACCAACAGUUAUUCUUCUUCCAACGGUGGUUCCACCUCCAGUUCUCCACCGGAGUCCAGAAGGAAGCACGACUGCGUCAUCUGCUUCGAAAGCGAGGUCAUCGCCGCCCUGGUCCCUUGUGGCCACAACCUCUUCUGCAUGGAGUGUGCCAACAAGAUCUGCGAGAAGGAAACGCCGGCGUGUCCCGUUUGCCAGACAGCUGUUACUCAGGCAAUCCAAAUCCACUCUUAAAAACAAAAAAAAAAAUAUAGAGAGAGAUAUUAUUAUAUAUAAACUUUAAAAAAAAACACAAAGAAACAAAACACAAACAAAACUCUUAAAGGCAUGGGUGUAAUGGUACCCUCUAGUAAACUUCCUAAUGAAUUCUGACUGUUGGGCUUUCUUGGGAUUAGGCUGAAGUUGUCAAUAAUAAUAAAAUUGGACUUUUUUGGGGGGGGCAAGGCUGCUACGGUAACACUAAACCGCCGUGGUCUCGGUGGGGUUGAGUGGAAGCAGACGUCGCCUUUAGCAGAGAUCCAGCUAUGGCUCAGCCAGGGGGACAUUGUCA